GCGCGACGAGCACGAUGUCCGCGAGCGCGCAAUACGAGCGCCUGAACGACCCACACGACGCGAACGACGCGGCGGCGGCGCCGUCGACGCCCGUCGCGUCGCCCUCGCCCGCGCUCGGCGGCAUGCCCGCGGGCACCCCCGGCGCGCGCGUCGCGUCGACGCCCUCGAUCUACCCCUCCCACGAGAGUCACGCCGCGGGAGGGGGCGCGUCCUCGAGCGCGGCAGCGAACGUCGACGGCGUCCCGAUCGCGACCGCGAUUCCGAUGCACCCCGGGACGCCGGUGACCGCGCCGGCGUACUACGCGCACCUGAUGUCCAGCGCCGCGAUGGAGUCCAUCCCGGACGUCCCGGACGCGGUGGACGCUUGGAACGCGCAGAGGACGCUCAUGGCUGCGUACUUUGCGUUUUCCGUGCUCAUGAUCAUAAACUUCCCGUUCCUGCUCUUCAUCGGCAUCGUCAACGGCAUCUUGGGCACGGUCGCGUCGAGCAUGCACCUAUUCGACUGCUGCCGCGGACGCGGGGGGAUCACCGGGGCGGUCGUCACGAUCAAAGUCCUCGCCGCCAUCGUCGCGUCCGUCGGAUUCGUCAUCGCCUUUUUCCUCCUCCUCGCGCUCUUCGGCGCGGAGAAGGCGGCGGCGGGGUACAUAUUCUUCGUGACGUUCGUGUACGUCGCGCACAGCACGAUGAGCCUGGUGGUGAUGCGGAAGAUGCAGAUGGUGUACGACGUGCUGCAUCCCGUCAGGAGCGGCAUGGUCGUGUUGUGACGCGCCGCGCGUCGCGACGCGUCCACGUCGGGUAGAGGACGACGAGACGAAGUCGACGCGCGGGCGGCGCAGCCGGCGGCGGCGGCGGCGGCGGGGGGGGCGGGCGCGGGCGCGCGCGAGCGAAGACGAGGCGAGACGAGGCGGCGUGCGGGGCCCCCGGCCGGCCGCGGUCGUCGAGAGGAUGCGAUAGCGGCGCUCGAAGAGCGCCUUGUAACUGAUGCGUGACCGACCU